AUGACGAUGUAUGCGAAACGGAUCGAAAUUGGAUCUGAGAACAAUGUAUACACAGUCGCCUUUGCGGGCGAAGGUCAGGUCGUAGCAGGAUAUUCGCGGUAUGGCGGAAUUCGUCGAUGGAAGAUUGAAGACGGACAGCAACAGGGUCCAACCAUGAAAGCGAAUGACACUGUCUAUUCUGUUGCCGUUUCCCCGGAUGGCCGGUGGAUCGUGUCUGGAGAGAGCGGAAAUGAGGCGAUCCUCUGGAAUGCUGCCACUCAUGAAAAAGUGCGCACGUUCGGAGAACACCGUGAUGUAGGAACAGUCGAUAUCUCGAGCGACGGUACUAAACUUGCCACUGCGGACUACCACAACGUCCGGAUAUUCAGCUUCCCUUCCGGCAAACGACUCCUUUGCCUCGAACAUUUUUCUGUUCUUGAUGUCAAGUUCUCUCCGGACGGCACUCGAAUUGCUACUAUCUCGCAGGCACGAGGUAUCCGUGUCUACAGCUCCGACAGUGGCUAUAUCUUGUUCAAUCAUGGGUGGCAAAGCGGUGACACCAGCCCCUCUUCGUCGUGUACUUCGUUGGCCUGGUCGCCUGAUGGACAGCAACUGUUCGUCGCGGGCGAAGGCAAACUCAUCUGUUACGACCUUUCCAAGUCCUCAUCUUCGGAGUGGUCCAUCCAUGAAAACCAAUCCAAACUACGUAUAGCAUCCAACGGCAGGUUCAUUGCAUGUGCCACAUAUUUAUCAGUUUUGCUGUGGGAUUGUCUGUCCCACAAGCAGAUCGGUAGCAUUAUCACAUACACCGAAAGGCCCAUAUGCGUCGCUGUCUCUCCAAGCGGGCAGUAUCUCGCAUGCGGAAAUGGCAGGAAUAUCACAAUUCACGAUCUCAGAGUUGUCCCUCCCUUUAGCUUUUCACUCAUAGAAGUGAGUAGCGAGGCCUUCGAGUCGUGGACACAUGACGAUCCGACACAAACCGAAAUGCUUCUGUCAAAGGAGAUUGCGAGCACUUCAAGCCCUAAUCACUACGUGCUAGCAAAUCGCGCACUUGUACGAACACGACUUAAACGUUUGGCACCUGCAAUAGAGGAUGCAAAAGAAUCCCUCCGGGCUCAGCGAUCACCUAUAGGCCAUAUCGCGAUGGCGAUUGCUCUACUUGGCCAUGGCGAUCGAGAGGGUGCGCUACGCACAUUCGACUUUGCAUUUCUUGAUUGUGAGCUGCACGACAUCAGAUUUCUUUUACUGUUGAAGUCGAUCCUUGUGUUUGAAUCCGGAAAUCAAGAAGACGGGAUAACACGCGCGGAGUACCUUGUUACAACAGCGAACAGUGACGACGACGACGACGCCACAUACCUCUACACCCAGGUGCUUGGAAUUAUGUACCUGAAGAAGGGAAGUUACGGACAUGCGAUACCAUUGAUGGAACACGCGAAGAGCCUGGCCCCAAAGAACAAACGAUGUCCUCCGCUAGUGACAAUCUCGCUCAUAUUUGGGUGGAGUUUCAACCGACUGGAUAUCGCUGCCCAGCAAUGUCUAUGUGAGACCCUCUAUGCUGAAGAACGUACAGCCGAUGCCACGGAGAUCCUCCUCAAUAUCAUCCGGACAUCAGACAAGGAGAGAAACCCAAUUGCGGAUUGGAUCUCAGCCUUCACCAAAAAAUGUGCUGCAACGCUUGAGCGCAUUGGCGAUAAUGCUUCUAGAUCUUCAAAACAUCAUGAGGCGAUAACACAGUACUCUGCUGCGUUGUCCCUCAGUCCUCAAAGUCCCGCCAAGCUGCUCAUUAAACGAAGCAGAGCUCGAGCUGCAAAAGAGUUGUGGGAGGAUGCACUACAGGAUGCAAACGAGGCGGUGAAAGCAGAUCCCUCCAGCCCUUGGGGCUAUGAGGUCAAGCACGUGGCACUUCAUGGCGCGAAGCAAUAUGACCAGGCGAUUGAGGCUUUCAAGUCCAUGCUAUAUAGCAUCGAACGGUCCCGUGACCCUGCAAUCUUCCAACUCCGUAAGAACUACAUUUCACCCUCCGACACAAUUGUGGCUAUCAAUUCCAUCAUCCGCGAGAUCUGUUGUCCCUUCGUCGUCAUCGAUGUCACUACUGGUCGCCUUUGCGACGAGGCUGAGCGGAUGCGUAUAUUCAAGGCCGACCCGAGCUUCAAAGAACUUGUAUCAUCCAUGACGAAAAAAGUGGACAAGACGCGGAUCCGACCUGUGGUUAAAAGAUUUUUCGCAUACGUCAUGUUCUCGCACGCAUGGCAGGGGAAGGAGCCGUCGUUCCAGGACGUCAAGCUAGUCAAAUCCGUGUGGGACCUUCCGGUCCAGGAUGUCAACGAAGUCAACUCCGUGUGGGACCUCCCCGACACGCUCCUGAAUAAGAAGUUGCAUGAUUUCUGCAAGGAAACGCGCGAGCUCGGUUACAAUUGGGCCUGGUCGGAUACGUGUUGUAUCGACAAGCUCAACAGCUCCAUCCUUAACGAAUCCCUUACUUCAAUGUACAGAUGGUAUGCGAAUUCGGCGGCCACACUUGUGUUCCUUGCCGGUGUAGUGCAUCCAUCCAGGCCUGGGGACCUUGCGCGUAGUAAAUGGAUGACCCGAGCUUGGACUUUACAAGAGCUUCUCUCACCGAAUGUCAUCUUUUUCUAUGACUCCAAGUGGAAACUAUACCUCGGCGAUGAUAGCGAGAACCACAAGGAAUCUCCGGAGAUCAUGCAAGAGCUGGCGGACGCUAUCAAGAUUCUGCCCGGAACCAUCGUCUCCUUCUCUCCAGACAACCUUGGGGUUCGCGAAAAACUUCGUCUCGCUUCUACACGCAACGCGACAAAGGACGAAGACAUUGCAUACUCUCUGAUCGGCAUAUUCAAGUCUGAUAUCACCCCCUGCUAUGGCGAAGGAACCAACGCUCUCGGACAUCUCCUAGAGGAGAUCGUAACUCGCACCGGCGAGGUCACUGUGCUUGCAUGGUCAGGAGAGUCAUCGUCAUACAACAGUUGUCUCCCGGCUUCUAUUUCCGUUUACAGCCAAAUUCCUUGCAGCCCCCCAUCACUCGAAGGGAACGAAAUGGAAAGUUGCAUCACGAAGCUACGUUACAAGUUGGCCAGAGAAGAAGCGCGCAUUAUAUGUAAUAAGAUUAGCCAUCUUUCCCCCGCGCGUUUUGCAGCCCGACGUCUGCACCUCCCGUGUAUCAUCUUCCCUGUGAGAAGUCUUGAGGAGCUACGCGGAGGCAUUGAAAAGUUAUAUCGUGCCCGGGUAUCGGGACUUGGCCAAGUGGAGUUCACGACCGCGGACCAGCUCUCGCUGAAUGGAACACAGAAAUUCGUUUUCGCACAUCCAUGGAUCGAUGAUAUCCGAGGUCCGAAUGGUGGGGUUACCUGGGGCGAUGACUCGGAGUCCGAUACUGAUUCUGACCCGCAUGAAGUUGCGCCAUUACCCACUGUCCCUGCCACUCAGAUUGACAACCAUACCCGGGCACUGGAGAUGAUUGCUCGUCUUGGACAGCCGUUCAAUGCGUUGCUUCUAGUACAGCAGUCGAAUGGAACGUACAAGAGGGUGGCUGCGGAGAGGGAAAUUGUCGUCUCGGGACUCGGAACCAACAUUACCUCGAAGAACAUUCGAACGAAAGUGCUAGAAAUCCUUUGA